UCACGUGAGGUAAAAUUAUAUUGGUUCCUGGCAGAGCUUUAUCAGAAGGUAUUUCUAAUCGUUUGCUUCGCAAUAAUUGUCCGUGUGUCGAUGAAGUAAAUAUGACACCCUCUGAAUUUUUUCCAUGAGAGCCGACAUCAAUAAUGAUGAAUUUAUAGUCAGCCGAUACUAAGGCUAGCAAUACAACGCUAAAAGUUUUUCUGUAGGAAAAGUACAAAGGACCGGUGGAGCUUUGAUAACUACGUGUUUUCCGUCAAUUGCUCCAAUCACAUUUGGAAAAUUCCAGCGUUGCAAAAAUUCUUUUUCUAUAUCUUUUCACAUUUGUUCAGAUGGUUGCGGCAUUUCCUUGGGCUGUAAUUGAUCCCAUAUAGCUUCACAGGCCUUGUAAAGGAUUUUUCGGACAGUGCUUUCUCCCAUGCGGAACGAAUAGGCCAUCGAUUUGAAUGAGUUUCCUGUCGCUAGGAACCUAUGAAACAAAAUAAUAUAUCAAAUCCUUCGUUCCAGGUGAAGUCUGUAAAGAGACAUGGAGAAAAUUACAGGACAAUUAUAGAAAAGCCAAACAGUUAAGAAAACUCAAAGUGGUCAAGGUGCCAAGAAUAUCAAACCGAAAAAGUUUGAAAAGGAAUUGGCUUGUCUUAACCCUCACUUCCAGCAACCACCGGAAUUACAAGCGAGCAAUUUAUAGGUCCCUAGCUCUGGUGAUGAAGAUGAUGCUGACAAUUCUAUCCAGCAACCAACGGAAUGCUUUUCUGAACCCACAACCCCAGAUUCAGUAAGAAGUGUUUCAAGUGCCUCGAUGUCGCGUCUAAGCGGUGGAUUUAAACGAAAACGCAUGCAUGUGCAGCAGUAGCCAAUGCAGGAAUAUCUGCAGUUCAAGCGAGUGCAGUAGAAGAAAAAAGAACUCAUUGUGAUAGUGAAGAAACAAGUGUUUUUUUUUUAUUCAGAACUUAAUGUAUCUGAUAUCAAAAGUGAGGUAUUUGGAGGAACCACUGCUUGUAAAGAGGAAUCAAGGUUCAUCUGGCUUACAGAGCUAGAUGGUAUUGACGAAAUCGACAAUCAUUCUAGAGUCGAAGAAGAUACCGAGUUCCGAAAAGAACUAAGGUCAUGGGCAGUUUCUUUUGGAGUUUGUCAUUCUGCACUGAGAGCUCUAUUCGAAAUUAUCAAUAAAAGGUUGACAGGAAUUGUUCCUCGAGAUCCAAGAACUCUUUUGAAAACAGAAAAAAAAAUUUCAUUAACAAGAGUAGGCAUUGGAAAUUAUUGGCAUAAUGGCCUCGAAUUUUCUCUCAGGCAAAUUUUCAGCAGAAUGGCCAAUGUACCUGAUACGAUUUUAUUGAAUGUUAACAUGGAUGGCUUACCAAUAUAUAAAAGCAGCAAAGUCGAGUUUUUUCCAAUUCUUUUUAAUAUUCAUGAAUUACCGUCUGUCAAGCCUAUGAUCAUUGGCAUUUAUUGUGGCCAGGAAAAACUGUCCGAUUUGUCUGCUUUUUUAUUACCUUUUGUGAAAGAAGCAAAAAUUAUUUUUUCAGAGGGUCUUAUAGUCAAUGAGACAAAGAUUUCCGUUAAAUUACGAUGUUUUGUGUGUGAUUCGCCAGCCAGAGCAUUCAUAAAAGGUGUAACCAAUUUCAAUGGGAAACAUGGCUGUUUGAAAUGCACAACAGUCGGAGAGCAUUCAUAUGUUUCACAUACGGUUUUUUUCAAAAGAUCAGAUUGUGAAAAAAAAACAAAUGAAGGUUUUCGAUCCAAAAAAUACGGAUCGCAUCAUAAGGCGGAUACUCCAUUUUGUUUUCAGAUAUUGAUAUGGUGGAAGAUUUCCCUGUCGGAGAUUUUCUGCACCUUAUUGAUUUAGGUAUUAUGAAAAAUUUUUUGAUGGGAUGGAGAGACGGAACCUUGUGCAAUGUGGAGAUUUCCGG